ACAGAGAGUAACUAGGACAGUGUCAUACUUUCUGCACUACAGGAACUAUAUGUUACCUUGGCAGUUACCCUAUCAGCAUUUAUCAACAUUGUCAAUGUUAUCAGCCAAGACACUUUGACACUAAAAGGGUAAUUCAUGCAUAAAUUAAAUGUUGUGAUUUGCCAGAUCCCAUUUUGGAUUGAGCUUCUUCUUGUUGCAGUACACAGCCUCAGUCCCAGAGAACCAGAUGCCUGCCUUAGUGGUGGUGAUGGUGAUGGCUGUGACAGAUGCUGACUACCCCCAUUCACCAGCCUGGAGGAGCCGGUUCAGAAUUGUACAGGGAGACACCGAUGGCAAGUUCAACAACUCCACUGGACCUACCGGAGACCAGGGAAUCAUCACCACCGCCAAGGAUUUGGACUAUGAGAGUGUUACUGUGUUCAGUCUGUUGGUGGUGGUGGAGAAUGAGGUGGUGGUCUCUUGUGGACAGUGACCUGGUCCUCUACACAGCCAUUGACCCAGACACCACCAUGGCACAGACGGUCAGGUACAGGAUGGCCAGUGACCGUGGUGGGUGGCUGAGCCUCAAUGAGACCACUGGUCAGCUCCAGAUCAGGAAUCCUAUGGACAGAGAGUCUCCUUUAGUUACAGAUGGCACAUACACAGCUCUCAUCCUAGCUAUUGACAAUGGUGAGGUCCCAGCCACAGGCACAUGGUCCCUAGUGAUUGAGCUAGAGGAUGUAAACGACAAUGCUCCGACCAUUGACCCUCCGCAGCCGGCAGCCCCAGUUGCUGGACAUCUCCGUCGGAGACCCCGACGGGCCCAGCCUGUCCCAGCCCUUCAAAACAGAGCAAGUGGGACUGUCUCAGAAAUACUGGAGCGUCCGCAUGAACGACAACCAUGAGUGAAUGACUGAGUGAGUGACUGCAUGUGUGUCUGAUUUUAUUGUAACUGUUGUGUUGUGCUUUUUGGGUAUUGCCAUAUGAAAACUGGCAUUCAACUUUGUGGGGUUUUAUGUGUUGUCAGAGAGCAGUGUCAUUCUGAGUAUGAGGUCAUCUCUAAAGGUGGGCCGUUAUGACCUGGUGCUGAGGGUUUACGACAAUGAGUGCCUCUAACAGGACACCUCAUUACAUUCACAGGUACAUUAUAAAUUACAGUUUCCUAAAAACAAUAUACAUACACUCUGUAUUUAUACAUCCAGAGUUACAGAGAUGAUAAAAAAGAAAGAUAGAGAAUAAAGUUCUUAAAGUGUACAGGCACUAGGAGUCAUCAUUCUACAACAAUACAAUUAUAAAUCAA